CCGCGGCGCCCCCCCGGGGCCUGCCCCGCCCCCGCCCGGCAGGAUGAUGUGCGAGGUGAUGCCCACCAUCACGGAGGACAGCCGCCGGGGCUCGGCCUACGGGCCCGAGGACGCCAACUUCGAGCAGCUGAUGGUCAACAUGCUGACGGAGCGGGAGCGGCUGCUGGAGACGCUGCGGGACACGCAGGACAGCCUGGGCACGGCCCAGCUCCGGCUCCGCGAGCUGGCCCACGAGAAGGAGUCGCUGCAGAGACAGCUGAGCAUCGCCCUGCCCCAGGAGUUUGCCGCGCUGACCAAGGAGCUGAACGCCUGCCGGGAGCAGCUGCUGGAGCGGGAGGAGGAGAUUUCGGAGCUGAAAGCCGAGCGCAACAACACGCGGCUGCUGCUGGAGCACCUGGAGUGCCUGGUGUCGCGGCACGAGCGGUCGCUCCGCAUGACGGUGGUGAAGCGCCAGGCCCAGUCCCCGGCCGGCGUCUCCAGCGAGGUCGAGGUGCUGAAGGCUCUGAAGUCCCUGUUCGAGCACCACAAGGCGCUGGACGAAAAGGUCCGGGAGCGGCUGCGGGUGGCCCUGGAACGGGUCGCAGUGCUGGAGGAGGAGCUGGAAAUGUCCAACCAAGAGUCCCUGUCCUUGCGGGAGCAGCUCGCCCGGCGCCGGUCCGGCCUCCAGGACGUGCCGAAGGAGGGCGACACGCCGACCUGUGCGGCGGCGGCGAACGGGGCGGGGCCCCCCGAGGCGCGGGCAGGGCGGGCGCCGGAGCCGGAGGAGCUGCUCGAGCGCCAGCGGGAGGAGCUGGCUCAGCUGCGGGAGCGGCUCCGGCUCCUGUGCCGGCAGCUGGCGGAGCUGGAGGAGGAGCUGGCGGGCGCCCGGCGCGACCUGGCCAAGGCGCAGGAGGGCAGCGCCAAGCUGCAGCGCGACCUCAAGGAGGCGCUGGCGCAGCGGGAGGACAUGGAGGAGCGAAUCACCACGCUGGAGAAACGGUACCUGAGCGCCCAGCGCGAGGCCACGUCCCUGCACGACGCCAACGACAAGCUGGAGAGCGAGCUGGCCUGCAAGGAGUCGCUGUACCGCCAGAGCGAGGAGAAGGGGCGCCAGCUGCAGGAGUGGCUGGAGGACGCCAAGGCCAAGCUCCAGCAAACGCUGCAAAGGGCCGAGACGCUGCCCGAGAUCGAAGCCCAGCUGGCCCAGCGCGUGGCCGCCCUCAGCAAGGCUGAGGAGCGCCACGGGAAUUUCGAGGAGCGACUGCGCCAGCUGGAGGCGCAGCUGGAAGAGAAGAACCAGGAGCUGCAGCGGGCGCGGCAGCGGGAGAAGAUGAACGACGAACACAACAAGCGGCUCUCGGAGACGGUCGACAAGCUGCUGUCGGAGUCCAACGAGCGGCUGCAGCUGCACCUCAAGGAGCGAAUGGGGGCUCUGGAGGAGAAGAACACGCUGAGCGAGGAAAUCGCCGACAUGAAGAAGCUGCAGGAUGAGCUGCUCUUGAACAAGGAUCAGCUGCUGGCGGAGAUGGAACGGAUGCAGAUGGAAAUCGACCAGCUGCGGGGCCGACCCGUCUCCUCCUACUCCAGGUCCCUGCCGGGCAGCGCCCUGGAGCUGCGCUACUCCCAGGCCCCCGCCCUGCCCGCGGACCCCUACGCCGGCACCCCCCGCCGGCACAAGAAGGGGCGCUGGGCCGUAAAGGAUGAAGCCACUAAGGAGUGGGAGCGGGCGCAGCAGGCAGGGGGGCUGGCCCAGUCCUUCGAGGGGGGACUGGACGGGUCGGACGAGGAGGAGCGCGACCCCCUCUUCGGCUCGGCCGACCUGCUCUCGCCCAGCGGGCAGACGGACGUGCAGACGCUGGCCAUCAUGCUGCAGGAGCAGCUCGAGGCCAUCAACAAGGAGAUCAAGCUGAUCCAGGAGGAGAAGGAGUGCACGGAGCUGCGCGCCGAGGAGAUCGAGAGCCGGGUCAGCGGCUCGGCGCUGGACGGGUCCCUGGGCCGGUACCGGGCUGGCGCCUCCAUCCCCCCGUCGGUCACCAGCUCCACCCUGGCCAGCCCCUCACCCCCCAGCAGCGGGCACUCCACCCCCCGCCUGGCGCCCCACAGCCCCGCCCGCGAGGGAGACAGGAUGAACCACGUGCCAAAGGAGGAGGGGCGUGGGGCGGAGGAGAAGGCCCUGGUGCCCUGUGAGACGCCACCCCCCACGACCCCCCGCACUGCCCGGCUGGAGCGGGUGAGCCAGGCCCUGGCGCUGCAGGCCGGAGCCCUGGAGGACGGCCGGGACCUGCGGGCAGGGCUGGGCUCCGAGGGCACCAACAGCAGCCAGGACUCGCUGCACAAAUCCACCAAGAAGAAAAGCAUCAAGUCGUCCAUCGGGCGCCUCUUCGGGAAGAAGGAGAAGGGGCGGCUGGGCCCCCCAGGCCGGGACUCGCCCUCCCUGCCCGGGACCCCGUCGGACGAGACGUCCCCCGCGGACCCCCUGGGUCUCUCCAAGCUGGCUGGGCCGGUGGACAAGGACCGACGGAAUAAGAAGAAGCACGAGCUGCUGGAGGAGGCCUGUCGCCAGGGCCUGCCCUUCGCCGCCUGGGACGGACCCACCGUCGUGUCCUGGCUGGAGCUGUGGGUGGGGAUGCCGGCCUGGUACGUGGCCGCCUGCCGGGCCAAUGUCAAGAGCGGGGCCAUCAUGGCCAACCUGUCGGACACGGAGAUCCAGCGGGAGAUCGGCAUCAGCAACCCGCUGCACCGGCUCAAGCUGCGCCUGGCCAUCCAGGAGAUGGUGUCGCUCACCAGCCCCUCGGCGCCCGCCAGCACCCGUACGUCCACGAGCAACGUGUGGAUGACGCACGAGGAGGUGGAGUCGCUCACCGCCACAACCAAGCUGGAGAGCAAGGAGAUCAGCUGGGAGCAGAUCCUGGCCUACGGCGACAUGAACCACGAGUGGGUGGGGAACGACUGGCUGCCCAGCCUGGGCCUGCCCCAGUAUCGCAGCUACUUCAUGGAGUCGCUGGUGGACGCCCGCAUGCUCGACCACCUCAACAAGAAGGAGCUGCGGGGCCAGCUCAAGAUGGUCGACAGCUUCCACCGGGUGAGUCUCCACUACGGGAUCAUGUGCUUGAAACGCCUCAACUACGACCGCAAGGAGCUGGAGCAGCGGCGGGAGGAAAGUCAGAACCAGAUCAAAGACGUGAUGGUCUGGUCCAACGAGCGGGUGAUGUGCUGGGUGCAGCUGAUCGGGCUGAAGGAAUUCGCCAACAACCUGGCGGAGAGCGGGGUGCACGGGGCGCUGCUGGCCCUGGACGACGCCUUCGACUGCAGCGACCUGGCCCUGCUCCUGCAGAUCCCCACGCAGAACACCCAGGCGCGGCAAAUCCUGGAGAAGGAAUUUGGGAAUCUCAUCGCUAUGGGAACGGACCGGAGGCUGGAUGAGGACAGCGCCAAGACCUUCAGCCGCUCCCCGUCGUGGCGGAAGAUGUUCCGGGAGAAGGACCUGCGGGGGGUGAGCCCUGACUCGGCCGAGAUGCUGCCCCCCACCUUCCGCGCCACCGCCAUGGCGCCCCCCAGCGUGCAGCUCCGCAAGGUGCAGCCCGAAGGAAAUUCCCUGGCCAGCCAGCGGGGGUGAUGGCGUCUCGGUGCGAACCUACUCCUGCUAGCGCCGGGUGCCAGGGACCCACGGACGGACACUGCUGCUGGAGGGGGGGGGUUCUUCCCUCCCCUCCCCACAAUGAGGGGAGGGGCCUGCGUCUGGCCCCUCCCCCCAAAAAACACUCCCGCCCCCGCCUGCAGGGGGCGUUGCUGCUGCUGUGGGUGGGGGACACCCCCGGCCCUGUGGACACUGCAGAGGGACCGGGGGGCCGAGCCCCCCCCCCCGGGAAGGGGGAAUCUGGGGCAUGACCCCCCCCACCUGUCUGUUUGGAGUUUAUUUGUUGUUCUGUCAAGGGUGGGGGCAAGAAUGUGAAUUGGGUUAAAGGCUUCCCCCAGCCUUGUAGCCCCCCCCUCCACACCUGGCUUAGAGCCCCCCAGCCUGAGCCCCCCAUCUCCCCCCCCCGGAUUUUUACCCCCCCAGUCUGGUAUCUUCCCCCCCCACCCCCGGUGGCCUCCUGUAUCCCCUCCUCCCCCCAGGCCCUCAAAGGGUUAACUCUGUCCUGGGAAUCUGCUGCUAAAAGUGUGGGGGGGGGGCAUUUGACACCCCCACCCCAUCACCCUGUGGGCUGCUUCCUGCCCCCCCUGUGGGCUGCUCUGUGGGGGGGGGGGAUCCGUGAAAUCAAACCCUGGAGGGGG